GGUUGGGCGUGGAUACUGAGUUCUAAAUCCUGGGAAGCUGGACUUCUCCGGCUUGUAGGCAGUGGUUUGUGAGUGUGUGACGAGUAACCUGUUUAUCUUUCAUAAUAAACAGCGUUUCAUUUUAGUCUUCGAUCUUAAAUGUUUCCAAACCCUUUCAUGAUACCUGUUCACUGAAGAAAAAAGAUUCUCGAGAUGAAGAUUUUCUGGAAGAGACUCUGAGUUAAGGAAGGCAUUUUUUAUUUGACAAAGUUUUGUCAUCUGUAAUGAAGAUCAUUGUGGAACAGAAGAUUGAAUAAAGCCUUGAAACUAAAUUAGAGAUUUAGAAAAGAAAGCUAAAAUUAGUCACUUUGAUUUUAGUGUUCCAAUUUCAUAAGAUUUAUUCUUCUAAAUAGAUUUAGGGAGUAGAAGAUAAAAUUCAGUGUUAUACUAAAGGAUGCACUGAUAUUUGUUUGUGUGUGUGUGUUUAAGAGAAGUAGACAACCAAGAGCUAUAGAGAUUCAUAAUGAAAUAUACUAAAUUGAAUUUUAUGAUGUCAAUUCUUGGCAUUAUAAUCUAUAUAACUGAUUUAAUUGUGGACAUCUGGUUAUCUGUUAGAUUUUUCUAUGAAGGACAAUAUGUUUUUGGUGUUUUAACAGUAAGCUUUAUGCUCUUUGGAACACUUGUGGUCCAGUGUUUUAGUUAUUCUUGGUUCAAGGCCGAUUUAAAGAAAGCAGGCCAAGAAAGUCAGCAUUGUUUUCUUCUACUUCACUGCUUGCAAGGAGGAAUUUUUACAAGGUAUUGGUUUGCCUUGAAAAAGGGUUAUUACGUGGCUUUCAAAUAUAGCAGCAAAACCGAUAACUUCAUAGAACAACAAAUUGAUCCACAUAAAGAAGCUAUAGAUAGAAUGACUGAUUUGAGCAUGCUCAGGCUAUUUGAAACUUACCUGGAAGGCUGUCCACAACUUGUUCUUCAGCUCUAUAUCUUUCUGGAACAUGGUCAAGCAAACUUCAGUCAGUAUGCAGCCAUCAUGGUCUCCUGCUGUGCUAUUUCUUGGGCGACUGUUGAUUAUCAAGUAGCUUUAAGAAAAUCCUUGCCUGAUAAAAAUCUCCUUAAUGGGCUCUGUCCCAAACUCACAUAUCUCUUUUAUAAGUUGUUUACAUUAUUAUCUUGGAUGCUGAGUGUCGUACUUCUUUUUUUCUUAAAUGUUAAGAUUGCUUUAUGUCUGUUGUUAUUUCUUUGGUUUUUAGGUAUAUUGUGGGCAUUUAAAAAACAAACUCAGUUUUGUGUUUCCAUGAUUAUGGAGUUCUUAUACAGGAUUGUUGUUGGAUUUAUUCUCAUUUUUACAUUUUUUAAUAUUAAGGGACAGAAUACCAAAUGUCCAAUGUCUUGUUAUUAUGUUGUAAGGGUACUUGCAACAUUCGGGAUAUUGAUUGUGUUGUGGCUGUGCCCACUUUCAAUUUUUAAUUCAGACUAUUUUAUACCUAUCAGCAUUAUUAUAGCUCUUACUCUUUUCCUUGGAGUUCUUCUUCUUAUUGUUUAUUAUGGGACUUUGCAUCCAAAUAGAAGUGCAGAAAUGAAACCUGAUGAAAUUGAUGGAAAACCAGCUCAAACAGAUUGUAGAAUGAAGUAUUUCCUAAUGGAAUAAGCUAUUUAUUUUCUUAUGUUUUGUUUCAUUAUGUUUUGUUCUUAUGUUUUGUUUCAUUAUGUUUUGUUCUUAUGUUUUGUUUCAUUGAUUAGUAAAGGAAAUGUGUAUAUGUGUGUAUUUUUUCUUAGUUUUGCUUUCUUUAACUUGAGAUCAGUAAUGGCAUGUUAUUUAUGAAUGUGAGAGCAUAUUAAUAUUUUUAUUAUUUAAAUUAAUUUCUCAUUUGGUUUUGAAGAUCCUAAGAACUUAGAUAUAUUUGCCUAUUGUCUGGCAGAGUACCCAUUCUGAGCCUGAAUUGGAAGACAUAGUCUAGCUCCCAUAAUUAGAAGGCCGGAAUUGAGCUUUCUUUCAAUGAUCUGUCCAUUUUCCUGAAGUAAAAUGAGGAAUUUAUUGUGGAGAACUGCAAAGGGAAGUGAGCAGAACACUCAUUCUUUUCUUCUGUAUUUUCCUUGAUUUGGUGCAUAUAUUGAGUUGGAAACAGACUGAGUUGAGGAAAAGGGAAAGGAGGGGAGGAGGAAAAAGACAAAAUAUAAAAUUUACCAUUUUUAACCAUUUUUCAGUGUAUAGUUCAGCAUUGAUAACUGUAUUCACCUUGUUAUGCAUCUCUGUAACUUUUACAUCUUACAAAACUGAGACUCUGUUCCCACUGAACAACAACUUUCCAUUUCCCUGCCUUUUUACAACCUGGCAAUCACAACUCUAUUUUUUGUUGCUAUGAUUUUGACUACUUUAGAUACGCUGUAUAAGUGGAAUCAUACAGAAUUUGUCUUUCUCAGAGCCCCAUUUCUCUGUUUUACAGAUGAGGGACAUGAGCCUCAGGAGGAAACAAGCUCCAGGUCUUUAUAGUUAGUAGCUAGUUGGGACUGGAUCCCAGGUGACCUGCCCAUUAUUCCAACAUCAUUUCCAAUAAACCAUCGUUUAAAAAGGUUAGAUAAUUUUGGCAAUGUUGGGGGUGGAGAAAGGAUUACUGCAAUACAAAUUUUAGUUCCUUUUGCUAUAGUUCCAUGAAAGCCAGAAUCUGAAAUUUUCAUUUGAAACAUCCUUGAGAGCUGUGUGAACUAACCAUUUUUAAUGACUUCAUAAAUCUAAUAUAUCCUUUAUGGAUGAAGCUCCCCAUUUCCUUUUUUCCAUGGGACUACACUAGUUUUCAGUUAUACCUCACUGAUUUCUGCCUUUUCAUCUUGUGCUUAUGUUGUUGUGGUUUUUAAAUGGUAGAUAUAUAGCUGCCCAAAUAAGAACAAAAUAAAUUAAG